AUGUCUGACCACAUAGAAUCGAUAGAGCAGGCGAGAACGGCAGCUUCACAAAAAAAGUACGAGGAGGCUGAAUCUAAAUACUGGCUGGUGAUCAACGCCAAAGUUGAAACAGGCGACCAGAAGGAGAGAACGAAGUUGUUGCAAGACCAAGAGGUAGCAAUUCUCGAGUUGGGCAAGGUAUAUCAGGAGCUUAAAAACUAUGAGAAAUUGCACACGUUGAUCAGUGACUCGAGAUCUGUGUUGGGUGGGUUUGCCAAAUCGAAAACUGCCAAGAUCGUGAAGUCUUUAGUAGAGGACUUUGAUGCUAUUCCAGGCGCUUUGGACGUGCAAAUCACCUCAAUCAAGCAAUCUAUCGAGUGGGCCAUACAGAGCAAGUUGUCAUUUUUGAGGCAGCAGUUGCAGUUGAAGUUGUCUGCCAAAUUCUAUACUAAGGGUUCCUACCAGGAGGGCUUGAAGAUUAUCACAGAAUUGUUGAGGGAAUACAAAAAAUUGGAUGAUAAGUCGUCUUUGGUAGAGGUGCAGUUGGUCGAGUCACAAAUUUACCACGCAUUGAGAAAUAUUCCCAAAUCAAGAGCUGCGUUGACCAGUGCUAGAACAUCUGCCAACUCUAUUUACUGUCCUACGAUAUUGCAGGCCGAACUCGAUUGCCAAAGCGGUAUUUUGAAUGCAGAAGACAAAGAUUAUAAGACCGCCUUCUCUUACUUCUAUGAAUCUUUCGAGGGAUUCAAUUCUCAGAGCGACGAGAGAGCCAUCGUGGUGUUGAAGUACAUGUUAUUAACGAAAAUCAUGUUGAACUUGAUCGAUGAUGUCAAGACAAUUCUCAAUAAUAAGAACGUCAUCAAGUAUCAGUCAAAGGACAUCGAUGCAAUGAAAGCCAUCGCUACAGCAUACUCAAACAGAUCCUUGAAGGAAUUUGAGAAUGCUUUGCUCGCAUAUUCUGCGGAGUUGAAGUCCGAUCCCAUCAUUAAAAACCAUUUCAAUGCCUUGUAUGAUAACUUGUUGGAGCAGAACUUGCUCAAGAUCAUCGAGUCAUACAGUGUGGUCGAGUUGUCACAUAUCUCCAAAAGCAUCGGCUUGAAUCUUCAACAGGUCGAAGGCAAAUUAUCGCAAAUGAUUCUAGACAAGGUGUUUUACGGGGUUUUGGAUCAGGGAAAUGGCUGGUUGAUCAUCUACGAUGAACCGAGGAAAGACGCCUCUUACGAGGCUGCCCUCAGCUUGGUCAAAAAUUUGUCGGGAGUUGUAGACUUGUUAUCUGAAAAGGCUUCUGCUUUGAAUUAG